AUGUAUGACAACAUCUCUGAUUUCACAAGAUAUGAUGACGACCAUGACCCCGAACAUGGUGAAGAAGAAGUUUUACAAACAUCCAUUAAGACAGGAAAGGUUUUAACUCAAAGUCUCAUUAUUGACACCAAAGAUGGCGAAGUGGACGUUCUUCAAGAGCUGAAGAAAAAUACUUCUUCGGGAGGUGGUGGUAGGCAUGAACUUGAAAUAAAUGAGAUAGAAGAGAAAUUAGCCGAAAAAGCAGAUAAAGAACAUAAACACAAUAUCUCCGAUAUAAAUGAACUUCAAGCUACAUUAAAUAGUAAAGCGGACAAAAAUGAACUUGACGCAAUGAACAAAGUUUUGAAAUCUCAUAAACACAACAUCUCCGAUAUAAAUGAACUUCAAGCUACAUUAAAUAGUAAAGCGGACAAGAACCAUGUUCAUUAUAUAACUUCAGACGAACAGAUUAUAACGGACUACCAUGGAUAUUUAACACGAAGUGAUGAAGCGAAGACAAAAAAUGUUAAUGAAAGAAGAUAUAAAUACAUUCGUGCUAAAGGUUAUGACAUAAGCUGUACUGUACAGUAUGAUGUAGCUAAAGCACCAGAAGCAUUUGGUUAUACCGGUGAAAUUUAUGCCUCUACUUUCAAUGUUAACGGUGUAUUAGUUGAACCAAGAUUUAUGUUAAGAGUUAAGGCAAAAAUAACGUUUGAAGAUGCUAUUAAAAGUAAAGCUGACAAAGUUGAACUCGAAGCAACGAACAAAGUUUUGAAAUCUCAUAAACACAACAUCUCCGAUAUAAAUGAACUUCAAGCUACAUUAGACA